CCCCCCCGCCCCGGGAGCGGCCUCAGCGGCGGCGGCGACGACGGCGGGAGGGCCCGGGGGCCGCUCCGGGCCGGGCCGCUCCGGGCCACCCAUGGAGCCUCUCGGAGGUUGAUGCCCAGGAGCCGAUCGGGUGCCGCUGACCCCUCUGGCCUUGGCUAUGGACAUCGUCCUGUCCGACUUUGUUCGCUCAACGGGGGCAGAGCCAGGGCUGGCCAGAGACCUCCUUGAAGGCAAGAACUGGGACCUGAGCGCGGCGCUGAGCGACUUCGAGCAGCUGCGGCAGGUGCACGCCGGGAACCUCCCGCACUCCUUCAACGAGGGCCGGGGCUCGCGGCCCCCCGAGAGGGAGCUGGCACGGCCAGGGAGGCCCCCCCUGCAGCGGCAGGAUGACCUCGUGCAAGAGAAGCGCCUGUCCCGGGGCAUCUCCCAUGCCAGCUCCACCAUCGUGUCCCUGGCCCGUUCGCACGUCUCCAGCAAUGGCAGCAGCAGCGAGCACCUGCUGGAGAUGCCCAUCUGCACCUUCCAGCUGCCCGACCUCACCGUGUACUCCGAGGAUUUCCGCAGCUUCAUCGAGCGGGAUCUCAUCGAGCAGUCCAUGCUGGUGGCACUGGAGCAGGCUGGACGUCUCAACUGGUGGGUGACGGUGGAUCCGAGCUGCCAGCGCCUGCUGCCCCUGGCCACCACUGGUGAUGGGAAUUGCCUGCUCCACGCUGCCUCCCUGGGAAUGUGGGGCUUCCAUGACCGGGAUCUGAUGCUCAGGAAAUCCCUGCACACCCUGAUGGACAAGGGAGCGGAGCGGGAGGCGCUGAGGCGCAGAUGGCGCUGGCAGCAGACCCAGCAGAACAAGGAGUCUGGCCUGGUUUACACGGAGGAGGAGUGGCAGAAGGAGUGGAACGAGCUGAUCAAGCUGGCAUCGAGCGAGCCCCGCGUGCACUACGGCACCAACGGCGGCGGCUGCGGCGGGGUGGAGAGCUCAGAGGAGCCAGUGUACGAGAGCCUGGAGGAGUUCCACGUCUUUGUCCUGGCCCACGUGCUGAAGAGACCCAUCGUGGUGGUGGCAGACACGAUGCUGAGGGACUCAGGUGGUGAAGCAUUUGCCCCAAUUCCCUUUGGAGGGAUCUAUCUGCCCCUGGAAGUCCCAGCCACCAAAUGCCACCGGUCUCCACUGGUCCUGGCUUAUGACCAAGCUCAUUUUUCUGCCCUGGUCUCCAUGGAGCAGAAGGAAAACACAAAAGAUCAAGCUGUGAUCCCCCUGACAGACUCUGAGCACAAACUGCUCCCCGUGCACUUCGCCGUGGACCCCGGCAAGGAGUGGCAGUGGGGGAAGGAUGACAGUGACAAUGUCAAGCUGGCCAGCGUGACCCUGUCACUGGAAGCCAAACUGCACCUGCUGCACAGCUACAUGAAUGUCAGAUGGAUCACGUUGCCUUGUGACAUGCAGGCGCCCCUGGCUCAGCCAGAAUCCCCCACGGCCUCGGCGGGCGACGACGCUCGCUCGGCAGUGGAGUCGGGCGAGUCGGACAAGGAGUCGGUGUGCAGCAGCUCUGCCAGCAACGGGGGCACCAGGGCAGCCAAGGACAGGGAGAAACCAAAGAAAGAGAGGGAAAAGGAGAAGGAAAAGGAUAAAAAAAGAGCAGACUCGGUAGCCAACAAGCUGGGGAGCUUCGGGAAGACUCUGGGCAGCAAACUAAAAAAGAACAUGGGGGGGCUGAUGCACAGCAAAGGCGUCAAGGGCGGCGUGAGCAAUGGGCAGGGAGACACCCUGGAGAAGAAGAAGAAAGGAUCCCUGAAGGCACGGAAAGACAGCAAAGAGGAAUGUUCCCCUGGAGAUUUGGCUCCUGCAGAGAAGCCUUGUGCAGGUAAAGCAGCCCUGGAGAAGCCCUCGGAUCCCUCCAAGUACAGCAGCGACGUGCGGCUGAGCCUGAGCAUCCUGCGCGCCGCCAUGCAGGGCGAGCGCAAGUUCAUCUUCGCCAGCCACCUCAAAACCAGCACCCGGCACCAGUUCCAGGAGGAGAUGAUCCAGAGGUACCUCCUGGACGCUGAGGAGCGGUUCCUGGCAGAGCAGAGGCAGAAGGAGGCCGAGAAGAAGGCGCUGGGCAGCGCUGCCCCGGCCAAGAGGCCGGAAGGGGAGGUGGGCGCCCAGCGGAGCGAGGAGGCGAUGCCGAGCCCCGUGUUCUGCCAGCCACCCCCCAGCUACCCCCCCCAGCCCCUGGAGCCGGCCGUGGGUGCUAAAAUCGCUGCUUUUCCAGCCGGCUAUUCCGGCGUUUUCACCUUCCCCAGGCCCUCUAUGGGCAGCGCCGAGGGGCUGCACCCACCCGCGUGCCCCGAGGGCCGGCGGCAGCUGGCGGGGGGGCCCUGUGGGAGCCUCCCCCCCUAUGCCACCCUGCCCCGGCACCACCAGGGCCGGCUCGGCCCCUGCCCCCCCGGCCCUGCCCACCUGGGCCGCUUCUCCCCCACGGACAUGGAGACCCAGGCUCCCUUCCCCUCGGAGUGCCAGGGCUCCGGCUGCCUCCUCCCGCCGCACAGCAACGGCUGCCGGGAGCUCCUGGAGCAGGACAAGGGAGGAACAGUGGAUAAAAUGAGAAGCCAAGGCCUCUACAACAUCCAGCAGACCAAGUGCAAACAGCCCAACUGCAGCUUUUAUGGACACCCAGAGACUGGGAAUUUCUGUUCCUGCUGUUACAAGGAGGAGCUGCGGCGCAGGGAGAGGGAGGCGCUGGUGCACAGGUUCUGAGGCUCCCCCUGUGCAGAUCCGGACCCCUGGCACGUGGGGAAUGCAAUAACAGAGAUCCAGUUUGGUUUUUACACCCACCCACGCUCCUCUCCCACUCUGCAGGAGGUGGGAGCAGGCGUUGGGCCUGCUGGGGUGGGCUGGGAGUGUGGCAAGGGGC